UCCACUAGUUUCCAUUUCCUCUGUCCACGCGUCUCUCAGUUUCUCGCUCGCCAAACAGAGAAUAUAAAUAAACCCCUUGGCCUAAAACUCCUUCCAUAAUCUCUCUCUCUCUCUCUCUCUCUCUCUCUCUCUAAUAUGGAUUCCCAAAAUCUGAAGCAGCGAACGGCCGCCGAAUCCGCUAAUUCCGCCGCCGUCGAGGAAACCACCGCCGGGGAUGAUAAGAUUAAAACCUCCAAGAGAAGCAGUAAACGCGGCAGGGCCAGAGCCGCGCUGGCCAAACGCGGUCUAAGGUCGUUGGCCGUUGCGGUUUCCGUAUCGGUGGCUCUCACGCUCUUGGCCGUGUACUUUGGCUCCAGCGACAGCUAUAAAAAUACGACGGUGUCGAAGCCACCGUUUUGGUUCCCUCCUCUUUGGGCCCUGCACUUUACUUCCACGGCCUCUGCUUUCUUGAUGGGCCUUUCGGCUUGGCUGAUAUGGACUGAGGGGGGCUUCCAUAACAGUCCCACGGCCCUUUAUCUGUACUUGGCCCAGCUCGUUUUGGGGCUGGUCUGGGAUCCGAUUGUGUUUGGGGCCGGGUUGAGUGUGGCCGGGUUGGUAAUAUGUAUGGGGAUGUUGGGGGCUCUUAUUGGGUGUUACCAGGCGUUUAAGGAGGUCAACCCGAUUGCCAGUGAAGUUAUUAAGCCUUGUUUGGCUUGGGCUGCUUUUUUGGUGCUUGUUAAUCUCACGCUUGUGUGUCUUUGAAUUUCUCUUAUAUAAGUAUAGUACUAUAGUUGUAUAAUUAACAAAAAAAUGUUAUUUUGUGGA